CUGGGCAUGCAUCAGCUGGUCCUGUGACUGCCCCUGGCUCCCCGAAGUCAUACACAGGCCUCUGCUCUCAGGGGAGCCCUGGAGGCACAAAGUGGCCGUGCUACCUUCUGCCUGUCUAGCCGGUGAGAAUGUGUGGGGGGACCGCAGGAACCCGUGGGGUCCAGAUCAUCAGCACAUAACCACUCUGUGGUCAGAGUGGAUCAGCGCAGGGAGGCGGAGCAGGCGUGGUGUCCGGGACACCCUCUGCCAACGUCAGGGCUGUUUGGACAUAAGACAGUGAAGCCGGCAGCCUGAGCCGGACUGCCGCUCCGGAAGCUGUGGUGCGCGCCCACUGCCACCUCAUGUGCUCAGAUCCCGCAGACGCACACCCCGCGCCCUGAGGCAUGCGGAGCCCGGGCCGGCGGCGGCAGCAGCAGGAUGAGUGUGAGCGAGGCGGGCAGCCGGGCCGGCCCCGAGCAGGCGUCCUACCACUUGCACAUCUACCCACAGCUGUCUGCCGAAAGCCAGGCCUCCUGCCGCGUGACGGCCACGAAGGACACCACCACGUCCGACGUCAUCCGCGACGCCAUCGCCACCUUGCACCUGGACGGCUCCAAGCGCUACGUGCUGGUGGAGGUGAAGGAGUCAGGUGGCGAGGAGUGGGUGCUGGACGCCAACGACUCGCCUGUGCACCGCGUGCUGCUGUGGCCACGCCGCGCCCAGGACGAGCAUCCGCGCUGCGAUGGCUACUACUUCCUACUGCAGGAGCGCAAUGCUGAUGGCACCAUCAAGUAUCUGCACAUGCAGCUGGUGGCACAGGCGGCGGCGGCCCGGGGCCUGGCGCAGCGCGGCUUCCUGCCCUGGCAGCAGGCCGACUUUGACGACCUGUGCGACCUGCCCGAGUUGACCGAGGCCAACCUGCUGCGCAACCUCAAGCGGCGCUUCCUGCAGCAGAAGAUCUACACCUACGCUGGCAGCAUCCUCGUGGCCAUCAACCCCUUCAAAUUCCUGCCCAUCUACAAUCCCAAGUACGUGAAGAUGUACGAGAACCAGCAGCUGGGCCGGCUGGAGCCCCACAUCUUCGCCAUCGCCGACGCGGCCUACCACGCCAUGCUGCGCAAGCAUCUCAACCAGUGCAUCGUCAUCUCGGGCGAGAGCGGCUCGGGCAAGACGCAAAGCACCAACUUCCUCAUCCACUGCCUCACCGCACUCAGCCAGAAGGGCUACGCCUGUGGCGUCGAGCGCACCAUCCUGGGCGCCGGGCCUGUGCUCGAGGCUUUUGGCAACGCCAAGACAGCCCACAACAACAACUCCAGCCGCUUCGGAAAGUUCAUCCAAGUCAACUACCUGGAGAGCGGUAUUGUGCGCGGAGCUGUUGUCGAAAAAUAUCUGCUAGAAAAAUCUCGCCUUGUCUCCCAGGAGAAGGAUGAGAGGAACUACCACGUGUUCUAUUACUUGUUGCUCGGGGUCAACGAGGAAGAACGCCAAGAAUUCCAGCUCAGGCAACCAGAAGAUUACUUCUACCUCAACCAGCACAACUUGAAGAUUGAGGACGGGGAGGACCUGAAGCACGACUUUGAGCGGCUCAAGCAGGCCAUGGAGAUGGUGGGCUUCCUGCCAGCCACGAAGAAACAGAUUUUCUCCGUCCUCUCGGCCAUCCUGUACUUGGGCAACGUCACCUACAAGAAGAGGGCCACGGGCCGUGACGAGGGGCUGGAGGUUGGGCCCCCGGAGGUGCUGGACACGCUCUCCCAGCUCCUGAAGGUGAAGCGAGAGAUCCUGGUGGAGGUUCUCACUAAGAGAAAAACGGUGACUGUAAACGAUAAGCUCAUCCUGCCCUACAGUUUCAGCGAGGCCAUAACUGCCCGUGACUCCAUGGCUAAGUCUCUGUACAGCGCCCUGUUUGACUGGAUCGUACUGCGGAUCAACCACGCCCUCCUUAACAAGAAGGACAUGGAGGAGUCCGUGUCGUGCCUGUCCAUCGGGGUCCUCGACAUCUUUGGGUUUGAAGACUUCGAGAGAAACAGCUUUGAACAGUUCUGUAUCAACUACGCCAAUGAGCAGCUCCAGUAUUACUUCAAUCAGCACAUUUUCAAACUGGAGCAGGAGGAGUACCAGAGUGAAGGCAUCACCUGGCACAACAUCGACUACACAGACAAUGUGGGCUGUAUACACCUCAUCAGCAGGAAGCCCACCGGCCUCUUCUACCUGCUGGAUGAGGAGAGCAGCUUCCCGCACGCCACGAGCCAGACCUUGCUGGCCAAGUUCAAGCAGCAACACGAGGACAACAAGUACUUCCUGGGCACGCCUGUCAUGGAGCCUGCCUUCAUCAUCCAGCACUUCGCAGGGAGGGUCAAGUACCAGAUCAAGGACUUCCGGGAGAAGAACAUGGACUACAUGCGGCCCGACAUCGUGGCUCUCCUGCGAGGUAGUGAUAGCUCCUACGUACGCGAGCUUAUCGGCAUGGACCCGGUGGCCGUGUUCCGCUGGGCCGUGCUGCGGGCCGCCGUGCGUGCCAUGGCCGUGCUGCGGGAGGCCGGGCGGCUGCGAGCCGAGAGGGCCGAGAAGGCUGCAGGUAUGGACAGUUCUGGCAUCCAAAAUCACCCUGGAGAGCCACAGAGAGCAGCCAGCACCCCAUCGGAAAAACUGUACCGAGAUUUGCAUGAUCAAAUCAUCAGGACCAUCAAGGGGCUGCCCUGGCAGGGCGAGGACCCCCGGCGGCUUCUCCAGUCCCUCAGCCGGCUCCAGAAACCCUGGGCCUUCAUCCCGAAAAGUAAAGGUAUCAAACAAAAGCAGAUCAUUCCCAAGAACCUGUUGGACUCCAAGUCCCUGAAGCUCAUUAUCAGCAUGACCCUCCAUGACCGCACCACCAAAUCGCUGCUGCAUCUGCACAAGAAGAAGAAGCCACCCAGCAUCAGCGCACAGUUUCAGACAUCCCUUAGCAAGCUCUUGGAGGCACUGGGCAAGGCAGAGCCCUUCUUCAUCCGCUGCAUCCGCUCUAAUGCUGAGAAGAAGGAACUGUGCUUCGAUGAGGAGCUGGUGCUGCAGCAGCUGCGCUAUACGGGCAUGCUGGAGACUGUGCGCAUCCGGAGGUCGGGCUACAGCGCCAAGUACACAUUUCAGGACUUCACGGAGCAGUUUCAGGUGCUAUUGCCCAAGAACGCCCCACCCUGCAGGGAGGUCAUCUCCACGCUGCUAGAGAAGAUGGCUGUGGACAAGAAGAACUAUCAGAUCGGGAAAACCAAGGUGUUCCUGAAGGAGCUGGAGCGGCAGGCCCUGCAGGAGACGCUGCACUGUGAAGUCGUGCAUAAGAUCCUGCUGCUGCAGAGCUGGUUCCGGAUGGUUCUGGAACACCGGCACUUCCUACAAAUGAAGCGGGCGGCCGUCACCAUCCAAGCCUGCUGGCGUUCCUACCGAGUCCGGCGGGCGUUGGAGAGAACUCAAGCAGCCGUGUUCCUUCAGGCCGCAUGGAGGGGCUACCGGCAGCGAAUGGCGUACCGGCGCCGGAGACAGAGCAUCAUCCGCCUGCAGAGCCUCUGCCGGGGCCACCUGCAACGCAAGAGCUUCAGCCAGAUGGUCUUGGAGAAGCAGAAGGCGGAAGAGAAGGAAAGGGAGGCACAGCUUGCCGCAAGAGAAGCCACUGAAGAGGCCAGUGGGGAGCAGGGGCUUGGGCAGACACCGUCCGAGGGCCCCGAGCCCAUGGCCUUGUUGGAGCCUGAGCCACAGCCAAGUGAUGGGUCCCCUGCAGUGACCUCCCACCCAGAGACAGAGACCCCAAUCCCAGAGAAGCCCACCCCCUCCCAGAAACUGCCAGCCGAAAGUCACGAGAAAGUUCCCAGCAGCCGCGAGAAGCGCGAGUCGAGACGGCAGAGGGGCCUGGAGCAUGUGAAAUUCCAGAACAAGCAUACCCAGUCCUAUAAGGAAGAGGGUGCUCUCCGAGAAGUUUCCAGAAGGGCAGGUCCAGAGCAGGGGGAGAACCUUCCAGAAGACCAGAAGGACAGCAAGGAGGAGGACACCCCCUUGACCACAGAACUGGAGGCCGAACACGUGUCCCCUGCAAAGCAGCCCCUGGAAGCAUCACAGGCUGUGGCAGCCGGCGAGACCCCUGGGGACACCGAGGAGGGGAGCCUGAGGCCCAACCGCAUGGAGCGGCCCACCAGCCUGGCCCUGGACAGCAGAGCCGGUGCCCCAGAGACUCCCAAGGACCGGAGCAGGCCAGGCACCAGCCCCUGGAACCAGCCUGACAGCCCUGGCAGCUCAGCUCAGAUCCACCGGUACCGCGAUACUGACUCAGAGCGGCUGGCCAGUGCUGUGGAGCUGUGGCGUGGCAAGAAUUUCAUGGCCCUGACCACCAGGCCCUGCACCAUGCUCAGCCAGUCACUAGACCUCAGCGAACGCCGCCAGGAUACCCUCACACCCACAGAGGAGAGACGGAUCUCCUUAUCCACAAGUGACGUCUCUGGCCUCCUCCCAUCUCCGGUCAAGACCCAGUCCUUAGCAGAAACCAUGGAUGGGGAACCCACCUCUAAGAAGCCAACGGUUCAGAAGAAAAAGUCGAGCGACUCAGCCUCCAUCACAGAGGCAGGGCUGUCCCCUAGCCCCCAGGCUGACUCCAAGUCCGCGUUCAAGAGGCUCUUCCUGCCUAAGAACAGGGAUAAGAAGUACAGUCUGGAGGGCAUGGAGGAGGUGGAGAACACAGGAUCUGGGCCUGCUGGGCUGGAAGCUACCACUUCAAAGAAAAAUCUAGAAGUCCUCUCUAACCACCAGCCCUGCCACCCAGCAGGAGAGAAGCCCACCAAAGAGCCAGGAGGCAAAGGGAAGAAGAACCGGAACCUCAAGAUUGGCAAAAUCACAGUGUCUGAGAAGUGGCGGGAGUCAGUGUUCCGCAAGAUCACCAAUGCCAACGAGCUCAAGUACCUGGAUGAGUUUCUGCUCAACAAGAUCAAUGACCUGCGCUCCCAGAAGACCCCCAUUGAAAGUUUGUUCAUCGAGGCAACCGAGAAAUUCCGCAGCAACCUCAAAACCAUGUACUCUGUGCCGAACGGGAAGAUCCACGUGGGCUACAAGGACCUGAUGGAGAACUACCAGAUAGUAGUGAGCAACCUGGCGGCUGAGCGCGGCGAGAAGGACACCAACCUGGUGCUCAACCUCUUCCAGUCCCUGCUGGACGAGUUCACCCGCGGGCACUCCAGGAGCGACUUUGAGGCCCCCAAGCAAAGCAAGUCUCAGAAGAAGAAGCGGAAGCAGGAGCGUGCUGUGCUGCAGCACAACGGGCACGUGUUUGCCAGCUACCAGGUGAGCAUCCCCCAGUCAUGUGAGCAGUGCCUCUCCUACAUCUGGCUCAUGGACAAGGCCCUGCUGUGCAGCGUCUGCAAGAUGACCUGCCAUAAGAAGUGUGUGCAGAAGAUCCAGACCUACUGCUCCUACACAUGCGGCCAGAAGGUAGAGCCCGGUGCAGAGCCGGGCCACUUCGGCGUGUGCGUGGACAGCCUGACCAGCGACAAGGCCUCUGUGCCAGUCGUGCUGGAGAAACUCCUGGAACAUGUGGAGAUGCACGGCCUGUACACCGAGGGCCUCUACCGCAAGUCGGGUGCCGCCAACCGCACGCGAGAGCUACGGCAGGCACUGCAGACAGACCCCGUGGCGGUCAAGCUGGAGAACUACCCCAUCCACGCCAUCACGGGAGUCCUGAAGCAGUGGCUGCGCGAGCUGCCCGAGCCCCUCAUGACCUUCGCCCAAUAUAACGAUUUCCUCCACGCUGUUGAGCUGCCUGAGCGGCAGGAGCAGCUGGCUGCCAUCUACGCAGUCCUGGACCACCUGCCUGAGGCCAAUCACAAGUCCCUAGAGCGGCUCAUCUUCCACCUUGUCAAGGUGGCCCUGCUCGAGGACGUGAACCGCAUGUCACCUAGUGCCCUGGCCAUCAUCUUCGCGCCCUGCCUGCUACGCAGCCCUGACACCUCAGACCCGCUGACCAGCAUGAAGGACGUGCUGAAGAUCACCACGUGCGUGGAGAUGCUGAUCAAGGAGCAGAUGCGAAAGUAUAGGGUGAAGAUGGAGGAGAUCAGCCAGCUGGAGGCCGCUGAAAGCAUCGCCUUCCGCAGGCUCUCGCUACUGCGGCAGAACACUCCGUGGCCUCUCAAACUGGGGUUCUCAUCUCCUUACGAGGGGGUCCUGAACAAGAGCUCCAAAGCUCGCCCGGAGGAGCUGGGGGUGUUGCCUGAGGAGGAGGCAGCGGUGGCGGCUGGGGAUGAUGAAGACCGCGAGAAGGAGAUCCUCAUGGAGCGCAUCCAGUCCAUCAAGGAAGAGAAGCAAGACAUCACCUACCGGCUGCCUGAGCUUGACCCGCGAGGCUCAGAUGAGGAGAACCUGGACUCAGAGACAUCGGCUAGCACAGAGAGCCUGCUGGAGGAGCGGGCUGGGCGGGGGGCCGCGGAAGGGCCCCCCGCGCCUGUGCUCCCCUGUCCCGGCGCGCCCGCCCCGAGCCCCCUCCCCGCGGUGGCCGCGGCGGCAGCCCCUCCACGACGCAGGCCGUCGUCGACGGUCCGAGUGAAGACCCCUCGGCGCACACCCAUCAUGCCUAUGGCCAAUAUCAAGUUGCCUCCCGGCCUGCCCACCUACCUGCCUGGGCGGGUGACUCAGACCCGCGAGUCCUGGGUCCCCGUGCGGCGCCGCGAGCCACCUGCCCGCCGCCCAGACCUGGUGCACUCGGUGUACGUGGCACCCGGCACUGAGCUGCCUGCGCAGGGUGUCCGCGAAGCCCCGGACAAGGAGGAACGGCCCCCAGGCGCCAAGCGGAGGUACUCGGACCCCCCGACAUAUUGCCUGCCCCCAGCCCCAGGCCAGUACAACGGCUGAUGGUUGCAGCUGGCCAAGCCCAGGUGUCCAAGGACAGCCCAGAGCGGAGAGUGCGGAUCCAACGACCCUGCAGGACAUGCUGGAGCCAUGCCCGGGUGCCUCACUCCAGCGCCAGCAUCAGCUUUCUUGAAGGAUCCCGAAAAGCGCCGUGAGCCUAUAGGUCAAGGUGUGCACUGGCACAGUGCAGGGCCCAGCAGGGAGCAGCGAAUCAGGCCACCUUCGCCUCCCUCCCCAACAGCUGUCCGGCCCAGUCCCUGCGGGAGGCCCCGCAUGGCCACUUUUCAUUUGUACGUUUUGAUGGUAACUCUUUGUACUUUUCUUUGUACAUGGUUUACAUAACUUGAAACUGUAACAGCCUUAAUGGGAGACCAAAUCGUUUUUUGUUUUUUUUUUUAUAAAUAUAUGUAUAUGUAAAAACUUUUACCUUAACCCUGCGCAUCUUCCUUUAACCUGGACGCAAGUCGUCAGUGGACUAGACGGGUGUGGACACAAAGCCACGCUCCGGAAUUGCAGGCCUGUGCUGUGGCCGGAUUGGGUAUCAUCGGGCCUUCGGACAACGUGGACACUUGGGGCAUCAGGCUGUGCUGAGGUCCUUGCAGAUGUGUCCCGCUCCGCAGGUGCCAUGGUCGUUGCAGAGAGCGUAGAUCCUUCCAUGGGUUCGAGGGUCCCGGCAGGGUACAGGAUAUCAAGCAGGGGUGUGGCCUCUGCCCGUGGCACCACCAGACCUCACCUCCCCCGGAGUCAGGUCCCGGCGGGACAAGCGUGGCCAGGACCACUGUGUCCACUGUGCCUGGGCACAGCCCGCCUUGCUCCCCACCCCUGUGGCACAACAGGAGCGGCCUGCCUCAGGACUGCUCCAGGUCGGGCCUGUGGUUUCACAUCCCUGGCAGUUAACAGUGGCAACUUGGGGGACUCGGGGAGUGGGGCUCCCUCUCCCAGGCUCAGCCCCCUCCCCCAGUUACCUUGACACGUGAAAUAAAAAAAUGCCUGAGACAUA